CGCAUGGUGGUGCCGUGGGCCGCAGCCGGCCCGUGGGCGGCCUCCAUCGCGACCGCGUGGCUCUCGCGCUGUCCCGCGUGCCCGGAGGCCCGCGUGACGUGCGGGGCCUGCCCCGCGUGCCCUCCGGCGGCGGCCGCCGCCCCCUGCCCGGGCUGCCCGGGCUGCCCGGACUGCAGUCUGACCUGCGGGACCGGGCCAGGCUGGUGGGCGGUCCUUGCCGCCCUGGCGGCUGGCCUCGCGGCCGGUGGCAGCUUCCGCGUGGCGCUGGGCUGGGCCGCCCGAGCCGCCUCGCUCUUCGUCGGCGGGACCGACCCGCCGCGGCGCGAGGGUGCGGCGCCCGUGACCCUGCUCGUCGAGGACGACGGAGCGGGCCAGGCGCAGGUGUGCGUGAACUACGACGACGACGAGAACUUCCAGUGGCACCACAGGGUGCUCCUCGAGCAGCUCAGCCCUGGCAUCUGGGUGGCGGCGACUCCCGACGGCGAGGUGCUGACGCUGGACCUCAGCAAGCACCUGGUCGUCCCCCUGCGCCGGGUGUCCGCGUUCCCGGUCCGGGUUCGUGGGCAGGUCUACGCGUUCGGCGAUCAGUCGGACGAGGACAUCGAGGCGCUGCGCGUGGAGGCGCGCGGCCUCGCCCUGGUCAUGGGCGUCGCUGCCCCAGCUGGGACUGCUGGCGGCGUCGUGCCGCGCUGGAUCGUCUCGGACCCAGGCUCGCCCGAGUUCGGGCGCGAGCUGGACCUCCACCUCAUCGGGAACCCGGAGCGGCUGAUCAGCCGCGACGCGGUGGGCAUCGCGAUGCUCAGCGAGGAGGAGGGCUGGGUCUCGGUCGAGAACGUGCAGCCGGCCGACGAGGAGGACUGGCGCGCCGAGAAGCGCCGAGGCCCGGGACGCGACCCGCGGAUCCUCCCGCUGGCGCGGCGGGGUCGCGGGCUCCAGGUGACGCUCGGGGAGGCGAUCGCGAAGAUGAACGCGGUCGACUUCGACGACUGGCCCUUUCGGGGGCCGAAGGCCCUGCCCGAGCUGCUGGCCGCCAUCCUCGCCACCGGGCUGACCCUCACGUCCUGCUGGGGGUACUGGGUCUCGGAGUCGGGGGUGUCGCGGAACGCCGCGGUGGCCCAGGAGGUGCGGCACGCGCUGAACCAGCUGCACCACGCCGUGACCUACGACCUCGUGGACCCGUCGAACCUGGCGUCUCUGGAGCUCCUGGGACGCCAGGUGCUGCAGAUCCAGCGGGCGGUGAAGAGGUGCCCGCGCCACCCGAGCUUCGAGGGCCUCGGCCUGAUGCUGAGCAGCUCCUUGGACGAGAGCGGAGGCGUCGUGACGUCGAAGUUCGACGCGUUCGUGGCCGAGGAGCAGAAGUCGCAGGGCAUCAUUCUGAAGCAGGAGCGGAUGUACCGGGAGGAGCAGGAGUCGGAGGCGAAGAAGUACGAGAGGCAGGGCGACGACAGGGAGAGGGGCCCCAGGGCGGAUCCGAAGGGCAAGGCAAAGCCGAAGCCCAAGGCCGCCGCGAAGGAGUCGGUCAUCAAGCGAGUCCGACGUCGUGUCCGCGGCUUCGGCGACCGACCGAAAGACAUGGACUGUGCUGGAGCCCUGCAGGAGCUCCUCAAGUGCAAGGAUCUGUACUCGAACAUGGGCGAGGCUUCUACUCGCCGCGACUAUGAUGCUGACAAGCUCAAUGUGUUACGACGUGCGCCACAUGACCGGCCUCGUCAGCUUCGAGACGUUGCCCCUCGGCACGUCACCGAGGCGCUGGACCACUUCAACUCGGACGUCGUUCGCCCCACGCCGAACAUCCCCGAGGACGAGGUCAUCGUGGAGCCUUACUGGGACCCCCUCCUCAACCCGCGCGACCCUCGGAACCGACCACGCCUCGUCGACUUCCUUCGACGACUCGCUGCACGGGGCCUGGUGGAUGGCCGGGCGCGUCGGAAGGCGUGCGUCAGUACCUUCUUCGUCGCCAAGAAGAACGGCGACAUCCGCAUGGUCGUGGACGCUCGCCAGCCCAACCAGCUGCACAAGCUCCCCCCUCGGACUGUGCAGGCAUCCGGUGAGGCGCUGGGCUCGAUCAACUUGCUCGACGCCGUCGGCGCGAGCCCCGAGGACUUGGCGGAUUUCGACGGCUGCUACGAGUCGCUCUGCGCAGGCUCCGUGGACCUCAUGGACGGGUUCUACCAGUUCGCCGACCCCUCGUGGGGCAGCUGGAUGUGCUUCGACGUGGAGGUCACUGCUGACGAGCUCGGGCUCGACUCGAUCUACGACGAGAAGCUCGGGCGCCGCGUGGCCGUGUCAGGCGACGACGUCAUCUGGCCCUGCUUCGCGGCGUUGCCCAUGGGCUGGAGCUGGGCGCUCUGGAUCUGCCACGAGGUUCUCGUCGACGCGAUGGACGAGGCGGGCCUCCCAGGCGACGGCUGGUGCCUUGACAAAGCCCGUGCGCCGACUCUCGUCGGACAGGCUGUCGUCAGGGCGCCGUGCGUCGACAACGGGAAUCUUGUCGCGCUCAGCGCGCCGGCGCUCAACGACCGGCUGGACAAGCUCACUGCUGAACUGGAUCGUCGCGGGCUUCGCUGGCACGAGCUCGAGCGCGCGCAGCCCGGCCUUGUCAUCUUGGGGCUGGUGCUCGACGGGCGCGAGGGCCGGCUCAGGCAUGCCGCCAAGCGCGCCUGGAGGCUCUACCUGUUUCUGCACCACGUGCUUCGGACGCCAUGGCUCGCCCGCUGGCAGCUGCGGCGAAUCGUCGGCCACCUGGUGCACUACUUCUCCGUCGUGCGCCCCGGGCUCAGCGUGCUGGGGUCCUGCUACACGUUCAUCGGAGACGGCGACCUGUCCCCUGUCGUGCGCUUGCCUGGAGAUGUUCUCGGUGAGCUCGCAGUUGCUGCAGGCCUCGUCUUCCUCGGCGAAGUGGACCUGUGCCGCGUGCCGUCCGACGUCGCCUUCACGACCGACAGCUCGCUGCGAGGCUACGCCGUCUGCGAAGCCCGACUGGAGCCCUGGGAGGUACUGGCGGCCACCAGAUGGCGCGAGCGCCAGCGGUUCGUCGCCACCGAGCCCGAGGUCGCGCCCGACGACGAGCAGUACGAAGGGCGGGCCGCCGGCUUUUGCGACAUCUCCGGGCCACUGCCCGUCGAGCUGCCGCCCCGGCUGCGGCGCGCCGUGGCCAAGAGGCGCCGGGUCGAGUUGGAGAUCGGGGUCCCGCCCGAGCCGUUGGCGGACGCUCUGCUGGACGCUAGCCGCUGGGUGGAGCGCCGCCGUGGCGCGUGGCGCCGGCCGGGCCGUAUUCACGCCCUCGAGGCGCGCGCCGCCGUCGCACCGCUAUGGAGAGCGGCAGGCGACGUCAACUUCCACGGGGAGGAGAUCCUCAGUCUGUGCGACAACAUGUCGUCGGUCCUCGCCUUUGAGAAGGGCAGGGCCACCAAUUUUGAGCUCCUGGCGCAGUGCCGCCGGGUUGCGGCCGUCUGCUUCGGGUGCGAGAUCCGCUGGCGCCCGAGGCACGUGCCAGGGAUCUACAACGUCGCGGACCACGGGAGCCGGGCGGCUGACCGAGGUGAGCCCCUCGCCGGACGCUACCGCGGACGAGGCGCCCUGUCGGCGCCCACCAGCGGCAGCCGCCGAAUUCCCGUGGUCCCGCCAGCCGCGGGCAGGGCCAAGGCCCCGCCGACCGCGGCUACCGAGUUUGAGAUCGGACGAGAGCAGGCCGAGUUGCUGGGAGUAAAAGGCAUCAAGAUGAAGUCUCGAAAGUACGCCCCAACGAGCGACCCCGACGAGAUCGACCUGAGCAUGUUCGAGGCCUCCCUGUUGCACUCGAGCCUCCUGGAGUUCCUCUACGGGGCCCACGUGUACAUCUUGGGGCACGCGAAGAUCCUCAACAGGACCCUCCUGAGCGCCCUCGGCCUCCUGAAGUUCUUCUUCAACAGGGCCCACCUGUACACCUUGGGCCACACGAAGAGCCUCAACGGGGACUGGCUAAGCGCCCUCGGCCUCCUGAAGUUCCUCGACGGGCGUCUCGUUGAACAUUGGCUCAAAUCGGGAGAAGUCUGGUGGGUCCACCUGGGCCUGCCUUGUACGAGGUGGGUGCCCGUCGGGGGCACGCGCGAUCCAUCGCCGGCGGACCGCACGCUCGUGGCGUUCACAGUCCGUGUCUUGCGACUCUGCCGGACCCUCGGGAUCUUCGUCACCUUCGAGAACCCGCCUGCGAGCCGAGUCUGGAAGUGGCCCGCGUUGCAGCGCGAGCUGCAGCGCCUUGCCUGGCCGAAGGUGCUGUUCGACUCGUGCAGGUUCGGCGCGCCCUUCAAGAAGCCAGGUGCGAUCGCCGGGAGCCUUCCCGGGCUGGGUCAUCUUGCACUGCGCUGCUGCUGCGCUUGCCGCCACAGGGUCGAGCUGCAGGGCAAGGCCCGGCAUCCGACGCGAGGCCAGGGUGGGCCACCGCGCUCGACCCGCGCCCGCGCAGCCGCUGACGUGGCGGUUGCACCAGCGCCGGCGCAGCCGCGGUCGCACUGGCAGCCGCGGGCAACGCCUGGCGUCGACGCCCGCGGGGCAGACGUCGAGGCAGACGCCGACUCAGCCGUGCUGACGCCCAGGCGCGCAGGCCAGAGCCAACGUGACCCUGUCCCCCGUCCAGUGGCCGUGGCCGCCCGGCGCCGCCGAGCGCAGGCUGCCGCGCGCGGAGACGUCGCUGCUAGUCAGCGACAGGCCGCCCCUGGAGAGUACCUCCGCCUGGCUUCGCUGCGGCCAGCCACGGUCGACAGCUACACGUCCGCCGUGAUCGAGCUGACCGACUACGCCAAUCGCCGGGGCCUGCUGCUGACCACGCCGGAGCUGGCAGACGAGACGCUCAACUUGUACUUCGAAGACUUGUUCUUUGCAGGUGAGCCCCAGUACUUGGCUCGAAACGCGCUGUAUGGGCUCUGCAAAGUUCGAGGAUGGUCUGCUAGCCGACCUCGUUUCCAUAAGGCCAAAGAUGCUCUGACUGGCUGGGCGGCAAAACUGCCGGCUACGCCGCGAGAGCCGCCACCGUUCGAGGCCGUCCAACUGACCUGUGCUGUGCUCGACAACGGGACCACGUCCGACCUGCUGGCGUGCCUGGCCUCCGUGACCGGGUUCGACAUGUACUUCCGGCCUGGCGAGCUGCUCGCCAUCAAGCCGGAGCACGUCUUCGGCUCUCGUACGUCAGGCCGGGCUUCUGACAUCACCGUCGUCGUAGCGCCGCUAGGCGACGACAAGCCAGCCAAGAACAAAGAUUUCGACUGCGCGGUGAAGGCCGGCACUGACCUGCCUGUUCGCCGAAUUGUUCCCGAGAUUCUCUCUAG